AUGUUUGGGAUUCAAGAUACGCUAGGAAGAGGACCAGCUCUGAAAGAAAAGUCGCUGGGUGCGGAGAUGGAUUCCGUCAGGUCCUGGGUCCGGAAUGUCGGCGUGGUGGACGCCAAUGUCGCGGCUCAGAGCGGUGUUGCCCUGUCCCGGGCCCACUUUGAAAAGCAACCUCCUUCUAACUUGAGGAAAUCCAACUUCUUUCAUUUUGUCCUGGCGCUCUACGACAGGCAGGGACAGCCGGUGGAGAUUGAGCGCACGGCCUUCGUGGACUUUGUGGAGAAUGACAAAGAGCAAGGCAAUGAGAAGACCAACAAUGGUACUCAUUACAAGCUGCAGCUCCUUUACAGCAAUGGUGUCCGCACAGAGCAGGAUCUCUAUGUCAGACUCAUCGACUCUGUCACCAAACAGCCCAUAGCCUAUGAGGGACAGAAUAAGAAUCCCGAAAUGUGCAGAGUUCUGCUGACACACGAGGUGAUGUGCAGUCGAUGCUGUGAGAAGAAGAGUUGUGGGAACCGGAACGAGACCCCGUCAGACCCGGUCAUCAUCGACAGAUUCUUUUUAAAAUUUUUCCUGAAGUGCAAUCAGAAUUGUUUGAAAACAGCAGGAAACCCAAGGGACAUGAGACGGUUCCAGGUCGUGUUGUCCACGACAGUAAAUGUGGACGGACAUGUGCUGGCUGUUUCUGACAACAUGUUUGUUCACAACAACUCUAAGCAUGGAAGGAGAGCAAGAAGGCUUGACCCAUCAGAAGGACACAGAGCUGACUUGUUCUUUUUCUUCUUCCUAGCUACACCCUGCAUCAAAGCCAUCAGCCCAAGUGAAGGCUGGACCACAGGAGGGGCCAUGGUCAUCAUCAUUGGUGACAACUUUUUUGACGGUCUCCAAGUUGUGUUUGGUACCAUGCUUGUAUGGAGUGAGCUUAUAACCCCUCAUGCCAUCAGAGUACAGACCCCUCCCCGGCAUAUCCCUGGAGUUGUGGAAGUGACACUAUCUUAUAAAUCCAAACAGUUCUGCAAAGGAGCCCCAGGCAGGUUCAUCUACACAGCCUUAAAUGAACCCACCAUAGACUAUGGCUUUCAAAGACUGCAGAAAGUCAUCCCCAGGCACCCAGGCGACCCCGAGAGGCUAGCUAAGGAAAUGCUAUUGAAAAGAGCCGCGGACCUGGUGGAAGCCCUGUAUGGCACACCCCACAAUAACCAGGACAUCAUUUUAAAGCGUGCUGCAGACAUCGCUGAAGCCCUGUACAGUGUCCCUAGGAACCCCAGCCAGAUUCCAGCUCUCUCCAGCUCCCCAGCUCAUAGCGGAAUGAUGGGCAUCAACUCUUACGGCAGCCAGCUCGGGGUCAGCAUUUCAGAGUCCACACAAGGAAAUAACCAAGGAUACAUCCGCAACACAAGCAGCAUCUCCCCGCGGGGAUACUCCUCCAGCUCCACGCCUCAGCAAUCUAAUUACAGCACCUCCAGUAACAGCAUGAACGGCUACAGCAAUGUUCCUAUGGCCAACCUGGGUGUGCCGGGAUCCCCAGGAUUUCUGAAUGGCUCUCCCACAGGCUCCCCAUAUGGAAUCAUGUCGUCAAGCCCCACCGUGGGAUCCUCCAGCACGUCCUCCAUCCUCCCGUUCUCCUCUUCAGUUUUUCCUGCUGUCAAACAGAAGAGUGCCUUUGCCCCUGUCAUCAGGCCCCAAGGCUCCCCUUCGCCUGCCUGCUCCAGCGGCAAUGGGAACGGAUUCAGAGCCAUGACAGGACUUGUUGUACCCCCGAUGUAA